UAGGUUCGUGGACAUCCCCGCACAACUAACGCAACACCAGCAAAAGUGUCGGCGCCUGAUCACCUGCAAGGAUGCACGCACGCCCCGCGAGUCCUAUAUAAAUCUUGCAUCUCGCAGCACCAUUCCCAGCAGCAGCAAAUAGAUCAAGUGAUCCACUGAGCAAUAGCUCAUUGCCAACUCGAUCGAUACAGUUCUUGCUCUUCUUCUUGUCUUGUCCAGUCACAUUCAAGCCUGCUUGCAAAACGGCCGUUGCCGUCAUGGCCAGGAACGCGGUGCAAACCAUCAGGGCGGCGCUCUACUUGGUGCUCGCGCUGGUUAUGGUAAAUUGCGCCUUCGCCGGCCGUGUCCUUGACGAGCAACCUGCGGCUCAAGCGGAUGCUCCUCUGCCGGCCGACCCACUGCCAGCCCCGACGGAGCCCCCCACUGAUCCGGUGGUGGUGCCAGCGGCCGGCCCAGCCGCAGCCGCAGGAGGGGCGGCCGCUGGCCCUGCCGGAGCAGCGACUGCUGGUGCCGCCGCGACGGGCAAUGCAGGAGCUGCCAGCGGUGCUGCUGCGGUGAACGCAGCUGGCGCGGCCGCCGGCGCGGGCGCGGGCGACCACCCGCUGACGUUCUUCAUGCACGACAUCCUCGGGGGCUCGCAGCCGUCGGGGCGCAUCGUGACCGGCGUGGUGGCGAGCACGGCGGCCAACGGACAGCUCCCGUUCGCGCGCCCGAACACCAACAUCUUCCCCAUCCAGGGCGCGGUGCCGCUGCCGCAGGGCGCCAGCAACCUCAUCAAUAGCAACAACGUCCCCUACGUCGCCGGCCUCGGGGGCACCUCCAGCACAAUCGUCCAGAACAACGGCAACACCGUCAACGGCGGCAACAAGAACAUUCCCUUCGUCAACGGCGGGGACCUACCGUCGGGCGUCACGCUCCAGAACCUCCUCUUUGGCACCACCACCGUCAUCGACGACGAGCUCACCGAGGGCCACGAGCUCGGCGCCGCGGUGAUCGGCAGGGCGCAGGGGUUCUACGUCGCCAGUUCGCAGGACGGCACCAGCAAGACCAUCGUGCUCACGGCCAUGUUCGAGGGCCCGGAGGCGCCGCACGGUGAUACGCUCAGCUUCUUUGGUGUCCACCGGAUGGCCGCACCGGAGUCCCACGUCGCUAUCAUCGGAGGCACCGGCAAGUACGAGACCGCCAAGGGCUUCGCCGCCAUCCAGACGCUGCACCCCGGCGACGAGCACACCACCGACGGCGUCGAGACUCUCCUCCAGUUCAGCAUUCACCUUAUUUGAGCUGCUCCGUUUCAAGUGCUUGUUCCUCCAAGUUAUGAUGCUUUGCAAUUACGUGCGAUGUUUGUAGUACGUCACCUCUGUACCAA